CUUAACAGGAAACUAAAGUAGAGUAAUUCCCCUGUUUAAAAUGGCUGCUUCCGUGCAAGUUUUAUGUCCCAAUGGAAGACGACAGAACGUUAAAAUUAACCCCAACACAAAACUGCUUCAGGUGUAGUAAAAUCAAGGGGAGAAAAUGGAUUUAUUAAAAAAAUAUAUACAUUUCUGUAUAGGAAAACCAACACACACUCUUCAGUGGCUUCUUCAGUCAGUCAAUUUCAAUUAUGAAUUAUUUAAUUCAAUGAAAGAAACUCAAAAAAUAAAUGUUAAAAAUCAAAUGAAAAUGAUUAGUCAUUGUUGUUAUUAACAUUACUAAAUUAGUUUUAGUAAUAGUCAUUUAGUGUUUGAGUGACUCAGCAGACAUGUCACUCCACUGCACACUAAUUAUUUAUUUAAAUGUCAAGAUAUGAAUAUGAAAUUAUGAAAGAAAGAAGAUUUAGAUAGACUUAGGACUUAGGAGGGCGAGACGUGCCCUCCGCAAAUUAAUAACUAACAAUAAUGAUUAAUUUUAUGAAAGCAAUGAGUAGAGCCAGGUGAGCGAAAAAAUCACCCUACCAAGUAUAAUUCGUUAUAGAUAGAGCGCAAUGAAGCAUUGAAUGUAGCCUUACUUAGACUUAGACUAGUAGUGGUUUUGGCAAAAAAAAAUUAAACUGUUUUACAGAUUUUUGAAAUUGAUGAUGCUUUUAUUUUCAUUAAAAAUAUAUGAAAUUGAGCAUUGUAUUCAGUAAAAUAAUAAGAUCAUGUUAAAUAAUUUUCAAUAAUAGUCUACUCAGAAAGGUGAAGAGGUCAAGUGAAUAGUCCUAUCAACUCUAUAUUUGGUAAAAAAUAUCAAUCAAUAAAAUGCUUGUUAUUCAUGCAGACUUAAUUUAAUUGAUAACCAGACAUUUAUUUUAACCUUUUUGUUUUCAUUCAUUUAAGUGUAAAUAUGACCUUAUUUACUGCAGAUAAAUAAAACGUAGGGGCCAAGUUCAAAAUAGAGCGUUUCAACUUUUUUGUGUCUCUCCAUUAUGCUGGAAGACCAGCUAACAAUGCGGAAUUGCACCUUCUCUCAUUGUAGUCUCCUUUGCAGGGUUGUUUACCUACUGUGCACCAUAUAGGCAUUUCCUAUAGGCAUUUCCAAUAGGCAUUUCUUCCAUAUUUCAACAUUUUUAUGUUUAGUUGUAAUCUGAUAUAUGUGGGAUCUUUUCUGUGAAUGGGCAGAAACGGGAAGUGUUGAUUUAUUUUGCAUGCACCCUAAUUACUCCUAAAGCUCAAUAUGUGCUACCCUGUCAUUUUUACAAGUUUUACAACCAACUAAGUUGAUUUCAAUAAUAAUAAUACAUUUUGAUGACCAAUUGAAACAAAAUUUAUAAACAUGAACUGAUAAAAAUAAUUUUUAAAAUUUUUCAAUAUUUCAGAUUCUGGAAGAAGUAUGUCAACGCCAAGGCUAUAUUCCACCAGAAGAUUACAAGCUUGUGUUAGUUUUUGUUUAAAUAUUGUUAUUUUUUUGUUGUUGUAAUCAUACCAGUUGCCUUUUUUCAGUCGUGUUAGUAAUUUCUAUUAAUUUUCGUAUUCUUUCAAAAUUUGUCUGCAUCAUUAAAAAUGGCUAAAAACUUAAUAAGCUUAACAAAUAUAGUCCAUUAAUUUAAUAUCUGGCAUUGAAAAUUCAAUUUUUUUAACAGCUGCAUUUCAUGAAUUUUAAUGUUUGUUGCAUCCAAAUUACUUGAUUGAAGCUAAAGCAGAUAAAAAAUGGCUCAAUGGAUUUUCAUUUCUUGUAAUAUUAAAAAUAUACUUAAAGUAACCAACAUUAGUAUCUAUAUAAUGCAGCAGCCGUGUAACAGGAGUUUCAAUGACCGUCCAUGUACAAUGAACAAUUGUUUACAUUAAGAAAAUAUUUACUUCAUUAACUAUUUUGAUUGUUUGCCUUUUUCUUUUCCCACCACAGCCAAGGAAGGAAAGAACUGGACUUAAGUUUGUCUGUAAGAUUUUCCAGCAUUCCAAAUAACGCAAAGCUUGAGUUAAGUAAAGCUGCCUCUGCCAGAAUUGAACAGGAUGUAACAAUAGCCUUACAGGUAUGUUAAAUGUGGACCAGAAAAGUGAGCACAGCUAAUUAAAUGAGUCAGGAGCUUUUAAUAACAGAAAAAGGUUAUUUAUAAUUGUGUUUAAAAAAAAAAAAAUAUUAUUCUUUUUCUGUCUGUUUCCAAACAGCUUGAUUCUGGGCAAAGACUACAGGAUAGUUUUAAGCCAUGUGCCUCUCUGUGGGAUAUUUUACUACAUUUUGAAAGCAAGGACAGGUAAUAAUCUAUUUAAGGAUUAUCAUAUUCUGUUCCAGUUCCAUGUGCCUAUUGGACAUAGUAUUUUAUUUUGUUUUGUUUGUUAGUUAUAAAGUUUAAAGGAGAUUAUUUAAUUAUUUUUAAAGUUUUAAGAUUAUUUCUCUAUUUCUACAAUAUUUAAUACUAAGUAGAAUAUUUGAUCAUCUUUAUAUUUGAUUAAUUUGCAGUGAAUAUGAAGGUGUGUUGUCUCGAGUUGAUACAAGCCAUGUCCCCUUCUUGCACCCAGUUUGUAUUUUUAUGAGAGAAGAGGUAGUAUUAGACUUCUUUUAUAAGUUUUAGAAAGAAAUCAUAACAUCUUAUUAUCUUGCACCAACAAAUUUUUAAACUUGCAUAUUUUACAAAAAUGUAUCAUUAAUUUAAAUUUAUAGUGUCGGGUCGGAUAUUGAAAAUUCAGUUGUAUUUUCAUAUUUUUACUGUUAAUAUCUUGUUUUGUUGUGCCUGUUGCUGUGAAGACUUAACAAGACUUUCUAUUGUUUUGUUAUUUGUAUUAGGUUAUAGGGGAAAAAGCUCUUCAAGCCAUGACACUAAAAAAACUUGGCCUGACAUCUGGAAAAGCCAUCAUUAGGUAUUUAAUUCAACAAAUUUUAUCUGUGGGAAUUUUGAUGAUAGAUUUUUCUCACUCUAAUCUGCAUAUUUUAGAAUUGAAUUUUGCAUUAUAGUUGGAGUUUAAAAAAAACCCAAGUCUUCUCAAAUCUAUCAGGCUCUUGCAUCGUCCGGUUGAGGCUAGUUUUCUUCAAGACAUUGUGGACAAUCUGGAGAAGGAGAGACAGAAGCAAGUCAAGCUUGAAGAAAUAGCUCUAAAGAAAUGUGAGCUGAGACAGAUAGACGAGAUGGAGAGAAACAGAAGGCUUGAUGAUGCUUCACUUUCCACCUGGGACGAGGAGAAGAUGGAUGAGACGGAGGCCUCCUUGGUUUCUUUAAGGUCAGCCUCAUCUCAAGUAACAGAGGUGGGACCUUCUCACCCUGAACUUAUGGAGCAAGGGGCAAAUGAGUCCUUGUCUUCAUCCACCACAGCAUCUGGUAAAUAAAGCUGCUUAUUUUUAUGUGUUCUGUUUAUUCAAAACAUUUUUAUCCCAGCACAUGAUGUAUUUCAAACUCAUGGCUUGCAGUCCCGCAACAUUUCUUGGAAAUCUCUUAUUGGUCUGUUGUAAAAUAUAUAUUGUAGAAUCAGAAAAGUUGUGCACACAACCACCAUUUAUUUUUUUUAAAAGAAUAUACAAUUUUGUGAGUGCUCAAUCAGCCACACACUUUAGACUUUAGUUAAUGAUAUUUUUAAAUUAAUUAAUAAAAUAACCAAAGCCUGAUACUGUCUAAUAGAAAUAAAAAUCUAUGUUUUAAAAAAAAACAUAUUUACAAAAGCACCAGAGCUUUGUUUUCAGCGCAAGUAGGCAAAAUCAAAAGUAAUAUGAUAUUAAGAUGAGACCAUAUCUGUAAGGAAAUGUGGGCUUUUGGAGUUUAGGAAAAGUUAAGAAAUUAAAUGGAGAUGUCAGCCUAUUUGCAUUAUCAGUUUAUAAUUUUCUCAAUUAAAGCAUUUCAGUAGAUUUCUUUUUAAAUAAGGAAAUUGAAACCUGUAAACUGAUGUCAGCCUUUCCUUCAGAUCAACUAUCCUCCACUUAUUAAACCCAUUUAAAAGCAAAACUUCUCUCUCGUUAUUUUUUUAAAGAUUCAACUUCAGGGAAACCAAGAGGCCAACGUUCAAAGAAAAAUAGUUCAAUGUCACAAAGCCAGGACCAGGUCUCAGCAACUUCAGCUAUUAACGACUUGAGAAACAUGAACAUCCCAGGUGUUGAAAUUUUCACACCUGAUGAUUUUAGUGAUCUCAGUCCUCAAGAACAGGCAGUGAGUUAUCACAUUUUUACAAAGGAGUUCCUAUAAUGAAAUGAGUUGUUGCACUUGUUCUGAACCCUCUAGAGUUUUGAAAACUCUGAAACUUGUCAGAUAAUAAAGCUAGAAGGAAUAAAGCAGUUGAAUCAUUUUCUUAAUAACUUCUCUUCCAAUCCACCACCCAUGAAUUAAUAAUGCUAUAGUUUUUAAAGCAUGUCAAGAGCUCUAGCCUAAUCUAAAAGGCAGCUGUCUUCAAAUUUUAAUUUUCUGUUUCAAAUUUUACUUUAAUAAUUUGGGUUUCUGAAGCUAGUAGCUAAGUUGCCAUUUUAAGUAUUCAAGUAUCCCUAAUUUCAGAUUGCCAGACGCUUGGCUGAAAGAUUUCUUCCACAUUUACAAACUGUUCAUUCAACAAUUUCUGCAGUUUCAGAAGGGUCUGAGGAAAGCAGUUUUGCAGAUUUCAAGGUGCCAAAUUGAGCUAAUGCUUGAGAUCUUGUCAAUUUUAAUACUUUUUGUCUCUUUAAAUUUUUUGUAUUACCGGCAGUAAAAAAAAAAAAUAGAACUAAGCGAUUUGUUUAGCAAACUUUAUUUCAGGAUUUCUUUCUUUUCAAAUUAAUCUUUUAAAAAAGCUUAUUUUAUUAUCUUAUUAAAAUUGUUUCAGUUUCCAGAAGAAACAAGAGGAAUGGAUUUGACAAGGAGUGAUUUGUAA